AUGGCCCCUCGCCUGACCAAGGUCAUUAAUCGUCGCUCGUCUCCGCCAUCCUCCUCAUCCUCACCUCCACCGGCGUUGUCGCAGCCCUCGCAGUCACAGCCUCGCCAGUCUCGCAAGGCACCCGAACUCUCCAGCAACAUGGCCGUCUCCAUCGACACGUCGGUGGCACACAUGUCGGCCCCGAUAACGGAAGGCCCCGCACGCAUGUUGACGCCACCACCGUCGUCUGCACGUGCUGAUUUGGCAAUGAGAAUCGGGGAUUUCGCCCUGAACAGCCCCAUUGCUGAGCGGGGCGCUGGUGGUGGAGCGGCUUCUCCAGCUUCCGAAAAGGCCAUGUCCACCGGAUCGGCCUUUUUUGCACAGAACCGUGCCAUCCUGCUGUCAGGGCUCCCACAGUCACCGAUGUCAAAGGAGUCGCCGCCGCCGCCGCCGCAGUCUCAGUCACCUUCGCCGGGUAUGACCCAAGGACGCAGCCUGCCUCCCCCGCCGAGCCGCCGAAACCUGACGCCCUUGGUGACGGUCAAUACGCCUGAAGGUUCACAGCAUCACCGGCACCAGCAUCAUCAUUAUGCUCCGCUGUCCGCCGUUGCAGCCUCCGCGCCGUACAGUCCGCUGCAGUCCCCACGGACGCUUUCGCCGUGUGUUAACGUUAAGGCCACGCAUCUUCGCCACCGGCGCCACAGCAGCGUCAGCAGCAGCAAUGGCGCGUCAUCGGCCAAGAACGAAGGCGGCGGCGCCAGCGAGGCCGGGCUAACGCCGCCUCCCGAAGGACGCCUGCUGGUUUCUGCAUAUAUUGUGCCUGCCAACAAAGAUAGGGCCUCGUUCCAGCUGCGGCGUGAAUUUAACCUGCAGGAGCUGCUGGACGCUGUGCCGCGGCCGCCUACCGACCGCCGGCGUCCAUCAAGCGUCAACAUCCUUGCUUCACCCAUUGUGGGCACACCUGGUUCGCCACUGUCUGCGUUGUCAUCGUCGGCCAAUGCUGGACCGCCUGCACAGCCGCCCUCUACACCUGUCACGGCCGGCGGUGGAAAUGCCAUCCAGUACAAGACCGGCAUGAAGAGACCUGCGUCCGACCUCUCGCCAAACACGCCGGCCAGCCCACCUUCCAAGCUUCGUCAGCAGGCUGCUGGAAGGCAUAGCCGCCAGCCGAGCCAGAAGGAGCUGGCUCCACCAGACCAAUUCCAGGCGGACGGCAGUGUUCUUAUUCCUAUUCGCCCUCAUCCAUCGCUUGGCAGCCUGCCUGGCCUUGCGGCUAUCAUCUUGUCGUGCCGUGUGAAUGCCGGCGACGUCGUUGAGCUGCCACUUCCGCACCCCGAGUUUUGGCCUCGGACCGCUUCGUACGUAUAUCGCAACCGUGGCGACCUGACGGACGAGGUCCGCCAGAAUAUUGAGUAUCUCGGGGGGAAGUGCGAUUGA